AUGAACGUCACUGUGGUCGGCGCUUCUGGCGAGACUGGCCGCUCCAUCAUCGAUGGGCUCUUGGGUUCGUCCACCAACUUUCGGCCCAUCCAGAACGUCACUGCGAUUGUUCGGCCUGCCUCAAUCAACAAGCCCGCGGUCCAAAAAAUCAAGAGUCGAGGUGUUUCCAUCAUUGCCCUCGAGCUUGUCAACACCCACGAAGAGCUUGUAAAGGCUCUGACAGGUCAGGAUGUUGUCAUUGUUGCCCUCGAGCCCUUCUCUAUUGAACCUCAUCUCGCACUGGCAUCUGCCGCCAAAGAUGCUGGAGUCAAACGUUACAUUCCCAGCGCCUUUGGGCCAAGCUGCCCUCCUACAGGAGUGAUGAUGAUUCGGGAACUUAAAGAGCGUGUGAUCAAUCACAUCAAGAAGAUCUAUCUGCCGUACACCGUCAUCGACGUUGGCAUGUGGUACCAGAUCGCCAUCCCACGCUUACCUUCCGGAAAGAUUGACUAUGCUCUCACGUAUUCGUCGGACCAGGUUGCCGAUGAGGGUCAGAGAGCUUCGAGCAUUACGGACUUGAGGGAUAUUGGCAAGUAUGUGGAACGGAUCAUUACGGAUGAGAGGACUCUGAACCAGUAUGUGUUUGCGUACAACGAGGUGUGGACACAGAACCAAAUCUGGAGCCACCUUGAGAAGAUCAGUGGUGAAAAGAUUCCACGAAGCCCGGUAUCGAAAGAAGAGAUUGAAGCUACUAUUGCUGCCGCUCAGACAAAGUACGAUGGAGGAGACAAGUCGUACCAGGACCUUCUCGGGUUCGUCGUGCCUCAGUACUUUUACAGCGAGUGGCACAGAGAGGACAAUAUCCCAGAACGAGCCAAGUACCUGGGCUACCUCACCACAAAGGAUCUGUACCCAGAUUUCGAGUACACCAAGUUCGAGACAUACUUGGACGAGUUGGUCAAGGGUUCAGGAGUCCCCGUGUACGCCAAGAGUGAUUAG